CUGGGUCGAGGCGGGGCCUGUGCGACGUCCACACCGGCCCUGGAGGCCGGGCACACGCGGGCCGAGGGAGCAUAAGGUCUCUCCUUCUCUCUUCCCCAUUUCCCGGCCCCCCAACCCCGGCGGCGGGGCAGAGGCGGCCAAAUCCACCCGGGAAUUUUGGAAGCACACACUCUGCCCCCUCCCUCUCUGCUCGUCUCGCAGCAAGCCGCUGGCGGUCCGAGUCCCCGAGGCCGUGCAGGGGGCCCAGCCGGGGAGGCGGCCAGCAGCGGACCCGCCACCAGCCCAGCGGAGCCGCGAGCGCGCCCCGCACGCAGACGCAAGGCCGACGGCGACGCCAGGGGCGCGCGAACCAGGAAACGGCGGCGGACUGACUCCUCUCGCUUCCCGUCGCCGCCCGCGCACGCCCGGCCGGGAACCCGCACAACGCGCCGCGGCCAGCGAACAGCCUUCUGCGCAGAGCGUCGGCGACGCCAGUCCCGGGGUCAAGUGCCUCAGUUUCAAUCUGGGAAUUCUUUAAACGAAACUUGUUUAAAAUCUUAGAUCAUACCCAAAAGAGAGACCUCAGUCAACAAUAAGGUGGAAAAGAAUGAUGUUGUCCUUAAACAGUCUACAGAAUGUCGUCUAUAACCCGAUAAUCCCCUAUGUUGGGACCAUUUCUGAGCAGUUGGAGCCUGGAACUUUGAUUGUACUACGUGGGCAUGUUCCUAGUGACUCAGACAGGUUCCAGGUGGACUUACAGUGUGGCAGCAGCGUGAAACCUCGAGCAGACGUGGCCUUUCAUUUCAACCCACGGUUCAGAAGGGCCAACUGCAUUGUUUGCAACACUCUGAAAAAUGAGAAGUGGGGCUGGGAAGAGAUCACCUAUGACAUGCCUUUCAAGAAGGAAAAAUCUUUUGAGAUCGUGAUCAUGGUGCUGAAAGACAAAUUCCAGGUGGCUGUCAAUGGAAAACAUACCCUGAUCUACGCCCACAGGAUCAGCCUAGAGAAGAUCGACACCCUGGGCAUUUAUGGCAAAGUGAUCAUUCACUCCGUGGGUUUCAGCUUCAGCUCGGAUUUAAGAAGUAGCCAAGCAUCUACUCUGGAAUGGACAGAGAUAAGUGAAGAAAAUGUACAGAAGUCUGGCGUGUCACAGUUUCCUAGUAAUAGAGGAGACAUUUCUAAAAUCGUCCCCAGAACUGUCUACACCAAGAGCAAAGGUUCGCCGGCCAAUCACACUUUGACUUGCGCCAAAAUACUACCUACCGACUGUUUGUCAAAGACUCUGCCGUUUGUGGCGAGGUUGAACUCCUCAAUGGGCCCUGGACGGACUGUCGUCAUAAAAGGAGAAGUAAAUACAAACGCCAAAGGCUUUGCUGUUGAUCUACUAUCAGGAAAAUCCAAGGAUAUUGCUCUCCACCUGAACCCACGCCUGAAUGUUAAAGCAUUUGUAAGAAAUUCUUUUCUUCAGCAGUCCUGGGGAGAAGAAGAGAGAAAUAUUACCUGUUUCCCUUUUAGUCCUGGGAUGUACUUUGAGAUGAUAAUUUAUUGUGAUGUUAGAGAAUUCAAGGUUGCGGUAAAUGGUGUACACAGCCUGGAGUACAGACACAGAUUUAAAGACCUGAGUGAUAUCGACACGCUGGAAAUCGAUGGCGAUAUCCACUUACUGGAAGUAAGGAGCUGGUAGCUGACAGGUGUGCUACAAAAACUGAAAUACAGAUGACUUCUGUGUAACACUGGCCUUGUUAAAAUGCAUCUUACUCUCAUGAUAUGGUUUAUAUAUAUUGUUAAAGUGAGCUGAAGUCCUACUGGGUGUCCUCAGUCCAUGUCACGCAGUGAGGCUUUGUCAAGCAAAAAAUGAGGACAUUUGAGGCAACAGCAGCUUAUAGCCAUUAUUCUAACAGGCCUUUCUGCUCGCUCUCCUGCACCCUGGCCGCCUCUUUUUCAAACCUGCUUCACAUUCAGCAAGUGUUUACUAAGAGCCUGCUGUGACACAGUAGCCACCCUGCACGGAGCGCUCGUCUCCUGCCAGCACUGUGCUGGGAGCUGGGAGGACACAGUGGGGCACGUACGUUCCCUGUUCUGUUCACCUCAGAGCCUUCCGUGCUUUGCCACUGUGCCGUUGUUUCUCCUCCAUGCACUAUAUAAACCCACCAGGCACUGAAAAGAAAGAAUUAUUCUAUUAGAUCACCUAAGGACACUAAUCUAUAGGCGACACCACUCUUCCUCCAGUGCUGCCCUUCAUACCCAGUGUUUGAUCGUAUCCCGUAAUUGAGAGGAUUGAUGUUGACCUACAUCUGGCGAUUUUCUUUAGCAUAAUAUCUAGCUCUUCUAGCUGUAAGCAUUACCAAAUAUCAUUAUGAGAUCUGAACACAGCACAAGAUAGAGGCAAAAAACAAAGCAAAAUGAACAAAACCAAAUGGUGCUGAAAUAAACUUGAUGUCAAUCUCCAGGCCACUGAUCUUCUGUACCAGUAUUAUUUUAGAAUAUUGGAAUUUAGGGUGAGUCAGAGGUCUCCUCUGCAUAUACUCUAUAGAAAGUUUAAGGUAGACGAGAGAUGGAUUCAAUUUGUAAAAUGUUUGCGGGUAACAAAGCAAUGCCAACAUUAGACUUAAUGGUUGAUUACAGAACAGGCCCUAUCAGAAAGUAAAAUAGACCAGCAGAGACCAGUGGAGUAGAGAGAGGCGGUGUGUGUCUGUUCCUUGUCCGCACGCAGACCAGCACGGCCUCUCCUCCUCUAAGACGACCCCAUCAUCGUUAGUGACUGAGAUCAAAACGCUGUUCUCCCUUCAGUGAUUAAAAUCAAACCUGUACUAACAAGUUAAA